AUGAUGAGUAGAUCGAAGAGGCUAGUGGAAAUGGCAUUAAAGCAACAUGAAAAAGAGAAAACUGAGGAGAAAACGUCAGUAGAUGAAGAUUUGCCAAUUCCAUCCACUUCGCGUGUUUUGCCUUUACCUUGUUCUAGAGAAUCGUCACCUAUUCCUUCCUUCGGUUCGGAUCUGGAAAAUGCUUUCAGCUCAGAUGAUAGUGUUUUUGAUAAGGAUUACCAACCUCCAUCGGAUAAUUUGAGUGAUUUGGAAACAAGUGCUACAGAAAAUAUUAAUGAAUUACCACAGGAAAUAAUAUCAAACAAAGAAACUACUUCUCCGUCUAAACAGGCAACACCGAAGAAAAGGAAGGUAUCAGACCCUACUCUCUGGAAAAGAAGUGUUGAAAAAGCGAAUCGACUCAAGGGAAAAUCUUAUAAAAUAACUACUGGUAAAAAUAUUCCUGCUAGACCUAUUAUAGCUCCUCGUUGCUUGAAUCUUCCUAAACACAAGUGUAAAGAUUUAAUUCCUGAAGAUGGCAGGUUACAAAUUUAUAAAACAUUUCACGGGUUAGAUACUUUAUACCAGCAACGUGAAUUUAUUGUAAAACAUGUGACUGUCAAUCUUCCAAAAAGAAAAACAACGAAUCAUGAGUCUCGAAGGAAAGCAACAAAGAGUUACUCUCUAACAUACAAAGGGGAGAAACAUAACGUCUGCAGGAAUUAUUUUUUAGAUACUCUAAAUAUUCCAGAAGCUACUAUUAGGGGUGCUUUAGCUAAGGUUAGUGAAACAGGCCAAAUGCUACCUGAUAUGAGAGGAAAGAAGGCACCACCACAAAAAACAGAUGAGAAUUCAGAGAAAUUUUUUAGGCAUCAUAUUCUUUCCUUUCCUUCUGUGGAAUUCUAUUACUGCCGUAAAAAAUCAGAAUAUAAAUAUCUUGAUUCUUCAUUAACAAUUAAAACUAUGUAUAAAUUAUAUAAACUGGAGUGUGAGAAAAUUUCUAGUAAGCCCGUGUGUUUUGAAAAGUACAGGAGGGUGUUUAGAGAAUACAAGUUAACAUUCCAUAAACCAAAAAAAGAUUUUUGUAAAACCUGUGAGGUUCAUAAAAAUACAGAGGGAAAUGAUGACCAAAACAAUAGUCAUGGUGAUUAUUUGAAACGCAAGGAAGCUGCACGUCAAUGCAGGGACGAGGAUAAAGAAACAGCAAGGCGUCAACGUCUGUUUUGGCGUUUAACUUUGACUUACAGUCAGUUCUUAACACUCCUAAGGGUGCAGCCGGGCCUCUGUUUUAUGUCAGAAAACUUGCAGUUUACAAUCUUACUACAUAUAACUUAG